AUGGCUCCUACUCUGCGCGAGCGCAAGCCCAAGGCCGUGGCCGCCGCCGUCCCCGCGACUGGCGCCGAGCAAGCCAAGAAGGUCACCAAGCCCCGCAAGACGGCUGCCCCCAAGGCCCCCAAGGCCCCCAAGGCUGCCGCCACCCCCAAGGUUGCUGCCCCCAAGAAGGAGAAGGCGCCCAAGGCCGCCAAGGCACCCAAGGCACCCAAGGCCGCCAAGGCACCCAAGGCACCCAAGGCCGCCAAGGUUGCAGAGCCCGUGGCCGAGGAGACCGUCGUCCCCACGGUCGCCGUCUCGGCAUGA